AAGAAGUCUAAGGUUUGAAAUUAAAAUAGAAUGGAUUGUGAUGAUUAUGGAAAUCCUAAUACUAAUAUUAAAAAGAUUUGGUUGAACGGAAAGUAAGCAGUGCCAUUACUUUAUUAGCUGUUGCUUGCUUAGUUUUUCUUCUUCUUCUUCUUCUUCUUCUUGCCGCUGCUGCUUCAUCCUUUGAGUCGGGAUGCAAAGCCACUCUAUCCCUCCACUCCCGUUUCACAUUCUUCUCUGCUCUCUUCUCCUUCCAUUCAUUUUCUUCUUCCUCUGUUUUCUCUCUCACAAAGCAUAGCUCUUGUUAUUUGACUUCAUAGUUCAUACUUCAUACAUGUCAUGUAAGCACACACUGUGACACAUCUCAACUCAAAAAGUCUCAAUCUCUUUACUCAAAUUCAAAAGUCGGUGCUGAAAUUCUUAAUCUCCUUUUCAACUUUUAACUAUUUUAUUUCAUCUCUCUCUCUCUCCUCACUUUCACUUGAUCACUUUCCUAAUUUCGUUAUUUCUAAAGAAAAUAGAAAUAAUAAAAAAAAAAAAAACUCAAGCAUUUAGAAUACUCUGUUUUUCAGUUUCCUCUGUUACUUGGGGAUCAUGAAAUAUGUUACACGGUCAAAGGUAUGGUUUUGAUAAGCAAGUUUAUUAAUUUGCACCAAAGCCUUCUUCAUUGUUGUUGAUGAGAAUAGGGUCCAUGGAUGCUAAUAAUAACAACAGCAGUAAGCAACAAGGUCCUCCAAAAGGCGGUGAAAUAAGCAUGUGGGAGAAGCAAACAACAGCAGUGGUGGUUGCGAUUCCAAGCGAGAGCCAAGAUUCCAAAGGGGUUACUGAAUCUUUGACACCAAAGCAUAGCAGUAGAGUUGACUCCCCUCUCACAAUGCACAACAACGACAACAAUGAUGCUGCUUCAGUCUAUGGAACCACAAAGUCACCACCUUUGAACUGUGCUUCCCCUGAAAUAAGGUUCAUGCCAAGCCCUAACAAGCCCCCAAGAAUUCCCAAUUCAAAUGCAAACCUUGUCAGAAGGAAAUCACUUUCAAGGUCAGUGUAUUCCAAACCCAAAUCAAGGUUUGGUGAACAGCCUUAUCCCAUUGAUGGUUCUGUUUUAGAUGACAGUAAUGUUAGUGGCAUUUCAACUUUGCAAGAACAGUUAGCUGGUAACUCACCGUAUAGGACCUCAUUCAAAGCAUCAUCGCCUAAUAACAAACCUGGGACUGUUAAUAGAACAGUUUCCAUCACUUCCGUGACUCCCAAGACGCCUUUGAUGGCGUCUCCCGGUCCUGCCGGGGAGGAUGAGGACGAAAUCAUUUACAAGAAAGUUGAAUUGAGUAAAGAGAAGCGUAAGAGAGUGACCACUAUGGUUUUGAUUGAAUGCUUUGUGUUUGUGUGCCUUGCUGGUACCUUGAUAGCUAGCUUGACAGUUGAAAAGCUCAGGGCGACGAUGAUUUGGGGGUUGGGGAUUUGGAGAUGGUGCGUUCUUGUGUUGGUGACAUUUUGUGGCAUGUUAGUUACAAGAUGGUUUAUGCACCUUGUUGUUUUCUUGAUUGAGAUGAACUUUCUGUUGAGGAAAAAGGUGCUCUAUUUUGUCCAUGGACUUAAGAAAUCUGUUCAGGUCUUCAUUUGGCUCGGUUUAGUUCUUCUCACAUGGGUGCUACUAAUCAAUCGUGGCGUGACACGAUCUAAAUUAGCCUCGAAAAUCUUGGAUGGUGUGACAUGGACUCUUCUUUCCCUUCUACUUGGAGCAUUCUUGUGGUUGAUAAAGACAUUGCUGCUGAAGAUUUUGGCAUCGAAUUUCCAUGUCAAGUCUUUCUUUGAUCGGAUUCAAGAAUCGAUAUUCCAUCAGUACAUUUUGCAGACUCUGUCUGGGCCUCCGCUUAUAGAAGAAGCUGAGAAGGUUGGGGGAUCAUUAAGUAUUGGUCAAUUUAGUUUCAAGAGUACAACAGGUAAAGGUGGCACAAAGAAAGAGGUUAUUGAUAUGGCAAAGCUUCAUAAGAUGAAACAAGAGAAAGUUUCAGCCUGGACUAUGAAGAAUUUGAUAGAUGCUGUGACAAAUUCAGGUCUGUCCACGAUCUCUAAUUCACUAGACGAAAGUUUCGACGAUGGAGUGACUGAGCAAACUGAUAAAGAGAUUACAAAUGAGAUGGAAGCCACUGCUGCCGCCUAUCUCAUCUUCAGGAAUGUUGCUGCCCCUGGUUGCACGUAUAUUGAUGAGUAUGAACUGAGGAGGUUUAUGAUCAAGGAAGAAGUUGAUUUAGUAUAUCCUCAAUUGGCACAAGCAGAGACAGGGCAAAUUACCAGAAAGUCAUUAGCAGAUUGGGUGUUGAAGGUAUAUCAAGAACGAAAAGCAUUGGCACAUGCCUUAAGCGAUACCAAAACAGCCGUAAGACAAUUGAACAAACUUGUGACAGGGAUCCUAGUGAUUGUGACUAUAGUAAUUUGGCUUCUACUGAUGGAGAUUGCAACGACAAAAGUACUUGUUUUCCUCUCUUCGCAGCUAGUACUUGCCGCUUUCAUGUUUGGAAAUACAUGCAAGAACAUUUUUGAAGCUAUCAUCUUCGUGUUUGUGAUGCAUCCAUUUGAUGUUGGUGACCGAUGCGUUGUAGAUGGCGUGGAGUUAUUGGUUGAAGAAAUGAACAUACUGACAACAGUGUUCUUGAAGCUGAAUAAUGAAAAGGUGUACUAUCCAAACUCAGUCCUUGCCAUGAAACCAAUUAGCAAUUAUUAUAGAAGCCCGGAUAUGGGUGAUGGGGUAGAAUUUGCCAUCGAUUUUUCGACGCCAGCAGAGAAGAUCGGUGCACUGAAAGAAAAGAUAAAGAGGUACUUGGAGAGGAAUCCACAAUACUGGCAUCCUAAUCACGGGUUAGUAGUGAAGGAGAUUGAGAAUGUGAACAAGAUUAAGAUGGGUGUGUAUGUGGUGCACACAAUGAACUUUCAAGAGUUUGGGGAGAAGAACAAGCGAAGAACUGAACUGGUGAUUGAAUUGAAGAAGAUAUUAGAAGAGCUAGAUAUCAGAUACAACCUUCUUCCACAAGCUGUUCAUGUUAGCCAUGUUGAAUCAAAUACAAGUCCACUCAAGAGAUAAUGAGGAUGAUGUUGGUGUUUGUGUGUGUUUCUAAUUAGCAAUUUUACUUGUACGUUUGGUUAUGAAAUUAUGAAUUUUGGAUCGUUA